CAGUACAGCGGAACGGCGCCGGGACGAAAAAGACACGUUCGCAGGAGUGAAAGACAUAUGACUGUGAUCAUCACGUCAAGAUGGCCUGGGUCCGUCCAUGACGCCAGAAUUUGUUGUGAGUCUCCACUGGGUCACCAGUUACAAGAAGAAACUCCAAUAACUAACCAGAACUACCUUUCUCAUCACUGAAACCCAACCAGAACUGGGCUCACUGGACCAAGUGUGGGGUUGCAUAAUGUGGUGCAUAAAGAGAGCGUUGCUUACAUAUGCAAUGUACACGCCAACUAUCAUCAUCAUCAUCAUCUUCCUACUGUGUUCGUCCUAACCGGAUCAGCAUUGAAGUGCAUCCUGCAAGUGCACACGCACACACUCCCACACGCAUACACACACUCGCACACGCGCGCACACACACACUGUGACUUCAGGCUGGCUGGAUGCUGCUCAGGCACCAUGGAGCAAAUAUCGGCCAAGGAUGAAGGCAGCACCGCCAGGGGACAAGACUCAUACCAGCGGAGAAUGUGGAAGACUUUCCAGGAGAAAACCAAGCCGUGGCUUAGUCCCAAACUGGGUUCGGAGCGUCGCAGUAGCGGGGGAGCGGAGGGCACCAAGAAGGAAUCCGGAUUGUGGAUGUUUAAGAGGAAAAAGAAACACUUGGAUCGAGUCUUCUCAUCCUCCCAACCCAAUCUGCGCUGCUCCUCUCCUCUCUCUUUUGGGACCGGGGACAAGUGUGGAGGACACGGCGACGCUGUGGCCGGGACCAGCAGCGGUGCAGAGGGGCAGCAUCUCGGCUCGGCAUCUGGGUCCACGGGCAGCAAGCCUGAACUGGCGGGCCACGGAAGCCCCAAGCUCCACGUCUCGCAGCUGAUCGCUUACCAGCACAAGAGCUCCUCCCUGGGCUCGGCGUGUUUCGAGAAGCUGGUGGUGGAUCCGGUCGUGGUCGUAGAGGAAGAAGAGCAGCCGCGGAAGAAGCCAAGUGAUAGUGGCGUCGAUACCGUGGACCCUUGUAAUGCAGAACCUCCGCCUCCUAGUCCAACCAUGUACCAGCUGGAUAUUGUCCUGAAGAAAGGCAACAACCUGGCCAUCAGAGAUCGCACAGGAACCAGUGAUCCAUAUGUCAAGUUCAAGAUUGCAGGGAAGGAGGUGUUCAGGAGCAAGACCAUCCAUAAGAACCUUAAUCCAGUGUGGGAUGAAAGAGUAACGCUCCUGGUGGAAAGCCUGAGGGACCCUCUGUACGUCAAGGUUUUUGACUAUGACUUUGGACUUCAGGAUGAUUUUAUGGGUUCAGCGUACCUCUAUUUGGAGUCACUGGAGCAUCAAAGGACGCUGGAAGUUACACUGGACCUAAAUGACCCACACUAUCCAGAAAAUAAUCUAGGAAGCCUGGAACUAUCUGUCACUUUAUCACCACGAGAUGGAGACAUGAGAGACACAACCAUGCUUUUGAGAAGGAGCUGGAAGCGAUCUAGUAAGUGUCAGAGUAUGCGCCUGUCAGAUGUACACAGAAAAGCUCAGCUGUGGCGGGGCAUCGUCAGCAUCAGCCUAAUUGAAGGUCGCAGUCUGCAGCCAAUGGAUGCCAACGGCCGAAGUGACCCUUAUGUCAAAUUUAGGAUGGGGCACCAAAAAUACAAAAGCAAGGUGAUUCCCAAAACACUGAAUCCUCAAUGGCGAGAACAGUUUGACUUCCACAUGUAUGAGGAGCAGGGAGGCUAUGUGGACAUUACAGUCUGGGACAAAGAUGCUGGCAAGAAAGAUGACUUCAUGGGAAGGUGUACAAUCGACCUGUCCCUUCUAAGUAAAGAACACACACACAAGCUGGAGCUGCCGCUGGAGGAAGGUGAAGGAGUGCUGGUGAUGCUCGUUGCGCUCACCGCUUCUGCCGCCGUCUCCAUCUCAGACCUGUCAGUCAAUGUGUUGGAUGACCCGCAUGAGCGACACCAGAUCAAGCAGAGAUAUAGCCUGUGGAGGUCAUUGCACAACCUGAAAGACGUUGGUGUGGUGCAGGUAAAAGUCAUCCGGGCUGAGGGACUGAUGGCAGCAGAUGUCACGGGUAAGAGUGACCCGUUCUGUGUGGUGGAGCUGAGUAAUGAUCGGCUGCAGACACACACUGUUUACAAAAACCUCAACCCUGAGUGGAAUAAGGUCUUCACUUUUAACGUAAAGGACAUUCAUUCGGUACUCGAGGUCACGGUUUACGACGAGGACCGAGACAGAAGCGCGGACUUCCUUGGGAAAGUAGCCAUUCCUUUACUGAAUAUCCAAAAUGGAGAACGCAAAGCCUACGCCUUGAAAAGCAAGGAGCUGACAGGGCCAACAAAAGGGGUCAUCUUUCUUGAAAUAGAUGUGAUUUUUAAUACUGUGAAGGCUGGUCUCAGGACUCUGAUUCCCAUUGAGCAGAAGUACAUAGAGGAGGAGCCCAAAGUGUCCAAACAGCUGCUGUUGCGCAACUUUAACAGAGUGAGGCGCUGCAUCAUGUUCCUCAUCAACACCGGUUACUACAUCAACAGCUGCUUUGAAUGGGACUCUCCACAGAGGAGCAUCUGUGCAUUUGUGCUCUUUGUUGUCGUCGUCUGGAACUUUGAACUCUAUAUGAUACCGCUGGCUUUGUUGCUGCCCUUGGCCUGGAACUACAUCCUCAUCACAUCGGGCAAGGACACAAGGCAAGAUGUGCAAGCAAUGGAGGACCUGCUAGAAGAUGAGGAUGAAGAUUUUGACAAAGAUGACAAGGACCCUAAACCAGAGACCGGGGAGGACAUCCGUGAUAAAAACUAUAUCCUCGAGGAUAUGUUGGCUUCCUGGCACUUUGAGUGGAUACGAGCAAUGGUGGACUCUGAGAGAAAGGGCUUCAUGAACAAGCUUUAUGCCAUUCAGGACGUGUGUAUCAGUGUGCAGAAUGCGCUGGAUGAAGUGGCCUCCUAUGGCGAGAGGAUAAAGAACACUUUUAACUGGACUGUGCCUUUCUUAAGCUGGCUUGCCAUCGUCGCUCUGGGAGUGGCGACCAUCAUUGUGUACUUCAUCCCUCUCAGAUACAUUGUACUGGCCUGGGGAGUGAACAAAUUCACCAAGAAGCUGCGAGACCCUUACAGCAUUGAUAACAAUGAGAUCCUAGACUUUCUGUCCCGAGUGCCCUCUGAUGUCCAAGUGGUGCAGUACCGAGAGCUGAAACUGGAUCCCAAUCCCAGUCCAAAUAAACGGAAGAAAAACAACCCCGGGUAGAUGUCCACCCACCAGCUCUUCUCUUGUCCACUUCCUCUCUGCUGCUCCAUUACUGGACUCUGAGGAGCAGAGGGAGGCGCUCGGAACCAACGUGUCCUGAUUAAGAACCCCACCCCCCAACCAACCCCCCUCCCACUUCUUUCUUUCUGUCUGGUAUUACUCAGUGUGCAGCACAGAAUACUGAAGGAACAAAUGUGAUGAUUCACAUUUUCAAAAGAUGACCAAACCAACGAAGAAAAGAGUGGGAUGGAUGGAUGGAUGGAUGGAUGGAUGGAUGGAUGGAUUUUGCUUCCUUCCAUCAAAAACUUGUGUCUUUUUCUCAUUUCAUGCGCUGAAACAGCAUCAAGUGCAUCAAUCUUUAUCCAGGAAACAAGCCUCACUAAUAGCUUGAAUUGUCACUGGCCACUAUCAUACUUAUUCCAUUGCUGAAGUUCAUAUAUUUCUAAUUGUUUUGGCACUAAGGUACCUUGUGUAGGUACCUUACUAAGGUACUAAGGCACUAAGGUACGUUGUGUAGGUACCUUACUAAGGUACUAAGGCACUAAGGUACCUUGUGUAGGUACCUUACUAAGGUACUAAGGCACUAAGGUACGUUGUGUAGGUACCUUACUAAGGUACAAAGGCACUAAGGUACGUUGUGUAGGUACCUGACUAAGGUACUAAGGCACUAAGGUACGUUGUGUUUUCUUACGUUCAAUGACACUCAUUUGGAUUGCAGCAAUUACAUAUUCUCAUGCACUUUGAUUCAGAGAUGAAGCCAUUUUUUGAGCCGUGUAAGGAGCAUAUAAGAAGAACACGUGCACCAUUGGGACAACGGUAUGUUGGCACGUGCCCAUUUGGGAAACAGGAGGCCACUGAUGUUGGGAUGUGUUGUAUUUCAUCGCAAAGGUGUUUGAAUGGGUUGAGGUCAGGUUCUUCCACAUCAAACUCAUCCAAUCAUGCCGUUGCUUCAACAGUAUUGGAAGCAUAAACUUGUGCAACGAGAGAACUAACUGCUUAGUUGAAUGAUUGAGAGGCGUGUCUUAAUAUUUUUUAAAAAUGUCAAAAUGAAAGACAAAAAAGCCUAAAUUAGUCAUUUUCAGUAGCUAAAAAUGCGUAUGCCUAUCCCGUUUACAAUUUUACUUUUAUUUUUGUUACAGGUUAUCAACAUGUUUGUGUACUCACGUCAAACAAGCACAACAAAUCCAAAUACAGUUGACAAAAGUGCCAGUUGUCUGUUUCGUUGAUCAUCAUUAUCGUGACAUUAUCACUAGAACUUAGUUUGCUAACUCGCUAAAAACCUUUGAGACACUUUUUGUCCAUCAGUCUCUUAUGUCACGGCUGCGUCUCUCCAGGUCACUGGUGUUUGUGAGUGACAAGAAGAAAAGCUCCGAUUCGCUCGGGGAGACGUCGUUCGACGACCCAUCUUCUUCAGACUCUAUUCCAGGGAUAAAAUACCGUCUUGCAUUCGGGUCAAAUGUGGUAGUUUUUAAAAACCGUUGGCACACACACACACACACACACACACACACAUCGCAGUGAGGCCUUCAGGCUGUCACAUCUAAUCUCGUUUAAAAGGUGUUCCUUUCUGUUCAUCUUCUUGUGCAUCGUUUGUGUCGCACACACAUGCACACUCCACAAAAACACCUUGGCGGAAUACGCUUAGACAUCCCACGAAAAACACCGACUUGUUCACAUAUAAAAACACAACAUCCCAUUUGAGCAGGCGCUUCCUCUCCUUGUCAGACACACACACACAGACACACACACACGCACACAAUGCAAACAUGAUCCGUGUGAUGCGGUGCCCCCGGCUGGCCGUUCCCUCUCCAUCUGGCCCACCUCAACUUUGAUGUGCGUGCAUGCGAGGAGUGAGGUUUUUGUGUGUGCACGUUUAUGGAAUCAAAAGACCUCUCGCUGUUGUUGUGUGUUAUCUCCCCUUCAGCUGUGUAGACUGAUGUGUAGCUACAUCUGCCAUGCGUGUGUACUUGUGUACGUGUGUAUGCUAUUGUGAUCCAUCUCCAUUUUCCUACACUGCAGAGUAAGUGCAGGGUUUCAACCUUGUCUGAAGGACAUUGUCUUGGGCUUCAUUUUGAAAGAUCCCAGGAGGCCUCCCGGUCUGCCUGGAUGUCCACAUCCAUCUAUAUUGCGUGUCGACCCCCAUGCUUAAAUACCAUCAGAGGCGGAUGUGUCACUGGAUGUGAGGAAUCCACUUGAAAGACAAUAAUAAUAAUAAUACACUGUCCCUCAAGAGCUGUUGCCUCUACAAACGCUGGCUUAUAACCUAUGAUGCAUUUGGAAGUGUAAUGGAAACAAAAGCGUGGGGACACACCUCUUGGUUGAGUAGUCAGUCAAUCCAACGUUGAGCCCUGAGCUUCCCUCAAUGUUAUGCUGACACCCCUCUCCUCACUUUUAAUUGGACAAAUGGGUUCCAAGCAUUCAUAUCCCCGUUGGAACAUCUCAGUGUGCAGUUUGCAUGUUCUCCCCGUGCAUGCGUGGGUUCUCUCUGAGUACUCCGGCUUCCUCCCACGUUCUAAAAAUAUGUAUGCUAGGUUAAUUGGAGGCUCUAAAUUGUCCAUAGGUGUGAAUGUGAGUGUGAAUGGUUGUUUGUCUAGAUGUGCCCUGUGAUUGGCUGGUGACCAGUCCAGGGUGUACCCCGCCUCUCGCCCGAAGACAGCUGACAGAUACCCCCGACCCUAGUGAGGACAAGCAGUAUAGGAAAUGGAUGGAUGGAUGGGGUUCCAAGCAUACAGAGCUAAUACCGUAUGGGUGAUGAAAACCACUGCUGCUUGUCGUAGCGGCGUCACUGUAACAUUUCAGGAUACACAGCUGGAAAUGACGAAAAUAAACACACAUGCUGUUAGUUUACCCUGUGGCUGUCCCUUAUCACACUGCGAUAUUAUACUUCACAUGAUCCAGUCUGCUGCAGAGCUCACUUUUCUUGCUGCCCUCAGUCUCCUCUUUGAUAACAAAAAACCCCCCCAAAAAACCCAUCAGUUUUCCCCGUUGUUCUUUCUUGUCUAUGGAUAUAGUAGUAUAGUCCACAUUCUCCGCCAGUCUCCUCCUGGAUAAGCCAGCAACGCAUAAGGUGUUUAGUUUGGAUUUUCAAUUUCUCGGAAAAAUUACAGUAGAGGGCAAUCUUGUAUGAAAACCGAGGAAAAAAUUUGGAGAAAAAUUGAGUCGAAAACCGAAUCAUACAAAAACUGGCGCGUACAAAAACCGACUUUACAGUGUCUCGUUCCGACUGAUGCGUUCAAUGCAGCAUAAGCUUUGCGUCUUCCUAUUCCUUUUUCGACAUGUAGAACUGUGAAUUGUACUAUGUGAUGUAGUCCAAUGUACCUUUUGUAUGCAUGUUCAAAACAAAUUAAACCAUUGCCAUCAUUUUUACGGCUUCAUAUAUUGAAGUAGAAAACUGACCACACCCCAAAUCGAGGCAUGAGCCCAUGCAAGGCUACUGUGCUGUGGAAAACCGGCCAAUGCACACAGCAAGGCCCACGAAGGCAUGUUUGGAUGAUUUUGGUGUAAAAGAACUUGACCUCAAUGACCUCAUCACACACCUUUGGGAUUACGGUAACUAGAACGGAGAACAGUGUACAUGGGCGUACUCUACAAGCUCAUAGAAAGCUCUUAUAGUCACAAAAAGCUGCUAAAAACGUAAUGAAUGGCCACGUGUCCCAAUAGUUUUGUCCAUAUAAUGUAUUUUAGUUUGCCUUUUUUUUUUUUUUUUUGCAGCAACACCUUUUGACUAUUCUGUGGUGCGUUACAUCUUUUCGGUUGUUAGUCAUUAUUUAUUUCGUGUUUGCAAGCAUACCAGAGUGUUUAAUGCCUUGUAUGUUGUCCACAUUUCCGUGCUAUAUACAAUGAAUGUAUCACCAGACUGAUAGCUGUAAAAAAAAAGCACUCAUAUUUGCACCCAGUUGAAAUGAGACUAUUUAUUUUUUAAAUGGAACUGUACAUAGCUAUAGCUACCUUAUUGAAAUGAUGGUUGUAUUUUAUACCGUAUGCUUGCUGAUGGUCUGCUACUGUUGCUGUUUACUGUAUGCCUGUCUCAUUUCCUAAGACGUGUGUUUUUGUUUUUGUGUCUGCCUGCAAUGUUUGCCUGCCUGUGACAUCAUCAAAAUCAUCACCUUCACGUGUUCAGCCUGACACGAAGAGCGCAGGAGCACAGGUGGGCUGGCUCGGUAAAACAGAAAUAAAAUGCAUCUGUUGUAUGUUGAAGAAAAAAAAAAAGACAUUAAAUUGUUUUUUAAUUUUUAGCAGUUUUCAAUUAUUCCACAACGUUAGACAUGCUUUUUCUUGCAGGACAUAAUCGAAUGAGAUCCAAUACAAGAGGU